UAGCGAGACGCACAACAAAGCUCGAACAGCGCCCAACCUCUCCAUCCUCUCCAGCAGUGACAUCUCCGCACAGCACUACCAUGAGUCUGAGGAGCAAACCCACCAGCCAUCCAGGACUACGCAUGUCCUCAGGGGGCUUCAGUAGCAUGUCCAUGGGAUCCUACUCCAUCCCCAAGAUCAGCUCUGGGGCUAACCAGCCAGCCCCGAUUACAGCCGUGACCAUCAACAAGAGCCUGCUGACUCCGCUGAAGAUAGACAUCGACCCCACAGUCCAAGCUGUUCGUAACCAGGAGAAAGAGCAAAUCAAGAGUCUCAACAACCGUUUUGUCUCAUUCAUUGAUAAGGUAAGAUACCUGGAACAGCAGAACAAAGUACUGGAGACCAAGUGGAAGCUGCUGCAGGGACAGGCUGCCUCCUCCUCUAACAUUGAGCCCAUGCUGAAGUCCUACAUCGCCAACCUGCAAAGACAGCUGGAUUGUAUAAACAAUGACAAACACAGACUUGACAUGGAGAAGAACGUGAUGCACAAACAAGUGGACGACUACAAGACAAAGUAUGAGCAAGAGAUCAACAAGAGAAAUCAUGCAGAGAAUGAGUUUGUCAUGAUCAAAAAGGAUGUGGACGCAAGCUAUUUGUCCAAGAUGGAUCUAGAUGGCAGGGUGUCUGUUAUCAGUGAUGAAUUCAACUUCCUCAAGGCUCUGUAUGAUGCGGAGCUGUGUGAGCUGCAGGAGAGCCUGAAGGAGACCUCUGUGGUGGUGCAGAUGGAUAACUCCCGUGGCCUGAACAUGGAUCAGAUCGUGUCUGAGGUUAAGGCUCAGUAUGAGGACAUUGCCGCCCGCAGCCGUGAAGAAGCUGAAAGCUGGCAGAAGAACAAGUUUGACCAGAUGGCUGCUGAGGCCAACCAGUAUGGCAAUGAGCUGCGUAACACCAAGGGGGAAAUAUCUGAGCUCAACCGAAUGAUCAGCCGCCUGCAGAAUGAGAUCCAGGCUGUAAAGGCACAGCGUACCAAUCUUGAGGGCCAGGUUGCCGAGGCGGAGCAGCAUGGGGAGGGGGCCGUGCAGGACGCCAAGGCUCGCAUCAGGGACCUGGAGCUGGCUCUGCAGAGGGCCAAGCACGACAUGGCUCGGCAGCUCAGAGAAUACCAGGAGCUCAUGAAUGUAAAGCUGGCCCUGGACAUAGAGAUCUCCACUUACAGGAAACUGCUGGAAGGAGAGGAGGAACGACUUGGACAGGAGUCUAUUGUAAGCAUCCAAACAGUGCCUACUAAAUCCGUCCCAGUUAACAACCACCAGCAGCAAAGGUCAGGGGCAUUUCUCAUCAAGAAGGUGGAGACCCACAAUAUUUCAUACAAAUAAAUCAGAAAAAACACACUGCAAUACUUAAACCUGCUGGAUCACUAUGGCCAUUUAACUUUAACCUUCACAUUAAUCUUUUUGUAACCUACAAUAAGCCAACUGCACCAGUGUGUGUGUUAUUUGUUUAUGUCCCUUCUCCUUGUGUUUGAUGUCACAUUAAUUAUCACUUUCUGUGUUUAAAAAUAAAGAUGUACUCAGCUGA